CCAUUGAAUCCCUCCUUUUACCUUUGUCACUUUCUGCGCUUUCAUUGAAGUGUCUUGGUGUUUUCCAUACCGAAGUUAUCUAGACUCAUCGGAGCAUUGUCUUAGAAAGGGUAUAGGAAAGCACAACAACGCCGCUUUUUCAGUCGAAGUCUACCUGCAGCGCGAGCUCGACACUAUUUGGAGGGAGAGCACAGAUAGAGCGCGAGGCGCUCGUAGUCGUUACCGUCUGCUGUGUAGCUGGAGAAUUCAAUCGUGGUCCCACUUGGGUUUUCAGUGAGAGCGCUCAAUGAACCAACAUUUGCCAAUGGUUAACAUGGGAGCGUUUCAUCUGACUUUUACUUAAUGUUUUUUUUCUCUCCAACAAGCACCACGGGAAGACUAUACUAUAUUUUCAAACAAGGAUUAAUAAUGCCUGACCAAAUAACAGUUUCGGAGUUCGUGGCAGAGACGAAUGAAGAUUACAAAGCGCCCACAGCCUCGAACUUCACCACCCGAAUGUCCCACUGCAGGAAUACGGUCACUGCCUUGGAAGAGGCUCUGGAUGUGGAUCGUAGCGUUCUCUACAAGAUGAAGAAGUCUGUCAAAGCCAUCUACACCUCUGGUCUGGCUCAUGUGGAGAACGAGGAGCAGUACACACAGGCUCUGGAGAAGUUUGGGGAGAACUGUGUCUACAGAGACGACCCUGACCUGGGUUCUGCCUUCCUCAAGUUCUCAGUCUUCACCAAAGAGCUUACUGCCCUCUUCAAGAAUCUGUUCCAGAACAUGAACAACAUCAUCACCUUUCCCCUGGACAGCCUGCUGAAAGGAGACCUGAAGGGAGUAAAAGGGGACCUGAAGAAGCCCUUUGAUAAGGCAUGGAAGGAUUAUGAAACUAAAGUACAGAGAGAGAUGAGACAGUUUGGCCCAAACACAGCAGCAGCCCUCGCCCCGACCGCCCUGAACUGGUUCACCAGCUCUCUGUCCACGUCGUCCUCACUACUGACACACACCAAGAUAGAGAAGGAGAAGAAGGAGCACGCCCGGCAGCACGGCAUGAUCCGCACAGAGAUCAGCGGAGCGGAGGUGGCCGAGGAGAUGGAGAAGGAGAGACGCUUCUUCCAGCUGCAGAUGUGUGAGUAUCUGCUGAAAGUGAACGAAAUCAAGAUCAAGAAAGGAGUGGACCUGCUGCAGAACCUCAUUAAAUACUUCCACGCACAGUGCAAUUUCUUCCAGGACGGCCUGAAGGCCGUAGACAACCUGAAACCUUCCAUAGAAAAGCUGGCCACAGACCUACACACGAUCAAGCAGGUCCAGGACGAGGAGAGGAAACAGCUGACUCAGCUACGUGAUGUCCUGAAGACGGCCCUGCAGGUGGAGCAGAAGGAGGACUCCCAGGUGCGCCAGAGCGCCACCUACAGUCUGCACCAGCCGCAGGGCAACAAGGAACACGGGACCGAGCGCUGUGGGAACCUCUACAAGAAGAGUGAUGGGCUGAGGAAGGUAUGGCAGAAGAGAAAGUGUACAGUGAAGAAUGGAUACCUCACCAUAUCACAUGGGACUGCGAAUCGGCCACCAGCUAAACUCAACCUCCUCACCUGUCAGGUGAAACACAACCCUGAGGAGAAGAAAAGCUUUGACCUCAUCUCUCAUGACAGAACAUAUCACUUUCAAGCUGAGGACGACCCAGAUUGUCAGAUUUGGAUCUCAGUACUGCAGAACAGCAAGGAGGAAGCGCUGAACAACGCCUUCAAAGGCGACCAGCAUGUUGGGGAAAACAACAUAGUGCAGGAACUGACCAAGGCCAUCCUGGGAGAGGUCAAGAGGAUGACCGGUAACGAUGUCUGCUGCGACUGCGGCGCUCCCAACCCUACCUGGCUGUCCACCAAUUUAGGCAUCCUCACCUGUAUCGAGUGUUCAGGGAUCCACAGGGAGCUGGGUGUCCAUUACUCCAGGAUCCAGUCCCUCACUCUGGACGUCCUCAGCACCUCCGAGCUCUUGCUGGCCAAGAACGUGGGGAAUGCAGGCUUUAACGAGAUCAUGGAGGCUUGUCUGACGGCUGAAAAUGUGGUCAAACCCAACCCUGCGAGUGACAUGCUGGCCAGGAAGGACUUCAUCCUAGCUAAGUACACAGAGAAGCGCUUCGCCAGGAGGAAGUGUCCAGACGGGGCGUCCAAGCUGCACACGCUGUGCGACGCCGUCAAGGCUCGAGACAUGUUCUCCCUCAUCCAGGUCUACGCAGAGGGAGUGGACCUGAUGGAGCCCAUCCCACUUGCCAACGGACACGAGCAUGGAGAGACCGCCCUGCACCUGGCUGUCCGCCUGGUGGACAGGACCUCACUGCACAUAGUGGACUUCCUCACUCAGAACAGUGUAAACCUUGACAAGCAAACAGCUAAAGGCAGCACAGCCCUCCACUACUGCUGUCUGACAGACAACAGUGAGUGCCUCAAACUGCUGUUGAGGGGCAAGGCCUCCAUAGAGAUUGCUAAUGAAUCUGGGGAGACACCGUUGGACAUUGCGAGGAGACUAAAGCACCUGCAGUGUGAAGAACUGCUGAACCAGGCCCUGGCAGGGAAGUUCAAUGCCCACGUGCACGUGGAGUACGAGUGGUGUUUGCAGCAUGAAGAUAUGGACGAGAGUGACGAGGACCUGGAUGAGAAAGUGAGGCCCAGCCCCCACCGGCGAGAGGAGCGUCCAGUCAGCUGUUACACUCCUGGCAGCAGCACACACCUCCAGCCCAGCCCGGCCUCCCUGUCUCGGGACAGUCCCAGCCAGGGCAAGGACAAGCAGCGGGCGUACAUCCCCAACCUGGUGAACAACGAGACCUAUGGCACCAUCCUCAACGCCACGGCACCCUCCUCAGCCCAGACCGGGGGGGCCAACAACAUCUCUGGACCCCCCUUACCUCCCCGCAAUAUAGUUCAGUUGGCUGGUCUGGGGGGGAUAGUCCAGUCCUCUGGGUCCUCAGGGUGGAAGCCUGGCUCAAUAGACCUGGGGGGUCGACAGAGAUCCUCCUCCGACCCCCCCAACAUGCACCCCCCAGUCCCCCCUAUGAGGAUCACCUCAACCACAGGUCUAGGUCCACUGGGACUAGCCUCCCAGGGCCUAGCCCAGCCAGGUCUGGGACCGCCAGUUGGGGGCGUGUUGAACCCCCCUCCCCCAGUGGCUAAGACGGCCAGUAUGAUGGAAGCCAUGAACCUCCAGUCUAAGAGCGGACCGCCUGGGAGCACACAGGGACACCACAGAGGCCCACAACCCAAAUCUCCAUCAGGCCCAGACAAAAGCUUCAACCAUCGCCCUCCUAAUAGGACUGGGUCCAUUGAAAGGCCAGCUAAGGAAGUGCCGGGCUGCCCCCAGAACUCGGCAGGUCAAUCUCUACCCCCCGCCACCGUACCUAGGAAGGCGUAUCCUAAGCAGAGGCCUAAGAGGGUGAAAGCCAUCUACAACUGCAUAGCAGACAACCCAGAUGAGCUGACCUUCUCAGAGGGGGAGGUCAUCGUGGUGGACGGGGAGGAGGACCAGGAGUGGUGGCUGGGCCACAUCGAAGGAGAACCAAUGAGGAGAGGAGCAUUCCCUGUCACCUUUGUGCACUUCAUUGUGGACUGAAAUGGGGUCAAAGAUUGUCAGAGGUCAUUAAAGGUGUGUGCAUUAGAUUGUGUGGUAUCAUCGGUAUCUUCAUCAUCACCGUCGUAGUCAAGCCCGAACUGAAACAGGACAGAGAAGUAUGUCAUCCCAAUGCACUGGAUGCAGCACAGGAUGAAUGCUGUUGUGACAACUGACCCUGUCUGGGAAUAGCAGUCUUAAAGGCCAGGCCCCAAAGGCUCAUGGGAACUAUUUUUAGAUGUUUUGACAUGAAAAAGACAUUUAGUUUUAAAAAACACAAAAAACAUUAAUGUGUAGUAAAUAACCUCUUGCAAUAAAAUGCACUUUCUGCUAAUUUAUUGUGGUUAUCAUGACAUAAGAAGACAUGAAGAUAUAAUGAAGCUUCCACACAGUAUGUCAUUCCUAUCUUAUCCCAUUGUUUUCUCUUGGAGUGAAUUGUACAGUUUUUAAGAGUCCUACAAUAACAUAAUCUAGAGCCUCAAACACUUGUGAAUAUUAUGGUCAGUGCUUACAUUCCAUCUACAUGCAUGGUUUUCAAAUGAGACGCAUAUAAAUGUUCUAAUAUGUUCUAGUUCCAGUUCUCCAAAGUGGAGGCCAAUAGUUGGAAAUGGUGCUAACCCAGGAAUAUGCUAGGUGCUAUCCCCUAGGGGGCGCUCAACUGUCCCCAUUACCAGGCAACAUGUGGCAGUGAAAGGGGGUUGCUGGUAGGUAUAAAUAGGCCUCAGUAGAUCACACCUGGGAGAACCCAGCCUUUCACAGUCUGUUUGUCUAUGAAGGGGGAGAGUGGGAGAAAAUGACUAAAGGAGAGACCAGCCAGCUGGCUCACAUUUCAACAUUUCUGUUCCUGUGCGUGGUGUUUUGGUGUUCACCUUCGCAUCGGUGAGUGACUACAGUUUAUUGGAGAUCAGGAAACUGUCUGUCUUUCUGUGCAGUGAUCAAUAAUGACUGUAAAAGCACACUGCAUGACAGAAGUUAGAUAAAUCAUACUUUUUUAUAUCAGCGAAGAACUGUGUAUGGCAGCAGACCCAAUGAGGAAGGUGCACAAUAAGAGACCCCAAAUGAGCUUUUCCCUGCUUCUACCAGAGCUCCUCACCUCCUGCACUGUAUUUUGUUGACCCCAUACUGAAGAAAAUUGUGUUUCUAAACGAUUGUUACAGAGGCUUCUAUGUAAAUAUCUUGACUUGGUUGCAGAGCAACUAUGUAUGUAUGUAUGUACAGUAUGUUGGACAUGUUUAACUUGGGUUGUGAUUGUGAAUGAACUCCACUAGACUUAAAACUAGAGGAUACAAAGCAUGCGUAUCAUGAAUCUGACACUAUUUCUCCAUCUAAUAACUCACUGGAAAAGGGAUGGUCUUUAUGUAAAUAGGUGACUUUUUUUGUUUGUCGAUAUUUAAUUAAAGAGAAGUUAACAUUU